GGAACCUUUGCUGCUCGGCUUCAGUACUUUAAAAAGGACGUGCAAACAUUUCUUUUCUCAUCAUGAACACAUCAAACAUCACCACAGAUGACCGGGUUUAUGCUGGGGUCUUUGGCUGCAUUAUGGUGAUAGGUCUGCCUCUCAACGCAGUCGCACUGUGGAUUCUUCUUCGCCGCCACAGCCUCAAAUCACCCAACGCUGUCUUCAUGAUCAAUCUGGCACUCUCAGACCUGCUAGUCAUCAUCUCUUUGCCCAUGAGGAUCUACUUUCAUGCAACAGGCACCGAGACUUUUGGAAUUAUGACCUGUCUUAUUAACACAAUGUUCUUUCGCAACAAUAUCCGCUCCAGCGCCUCCUUCAUCACCUUCAUAAGCGUGGACCGACUGCUGGCUGUGGUUUAUCCUCUGAGGUCUCGCCAUCUUCGGACCUCGUCCAAUGCCUGGAAAGGAGCAGCACUCAUCUGGGGAGUUUUGCUGCUGGUAAAUAUCCCAGAGGCCAUAGGAUUUUUAAAACACUUACAGAACCACACAGAACACAGUUGUUUUGAAUCUCAUGAUUAUACAAGUGUAACACGAUCAGCAAUUAUUUACCUUCAGACUGUGUUACUGGUCACAAUGCUAGCAGUCAACAUUGUGUGCACCGUUAUGGUUUCCUGGACUCUACACAACCAUCUCAGUGACUCUGCAAAGGUCAGAAACAAGGUGAACGUAAUGCUGAUUUUUGCCAUCAACUUGGUUAUGUUCUUCACAUGUUUUCUGCCCGUGCCACUACACUUAGCUACAAAAAGCAAUACCAGUAUAACUCCACUGGUAUGUCUGACUGUUUUGAACUGCUGUCUGGAUCCUCUGAUCUAUUUUUUUUCUUUUGACUCCUUCUGGAAGAAAAAAGAGGACUUGGGAAGAGAACUAUAGAUUAGGGACCUGCUAGAGUUGCUAUCAGAUGUCCCAUGAUACAUCCCUAUCUUUUCCACAGAGUAUCCCGUUUGUGCAUGAGAUUCUUAAUUAGUUCAACCACAUGCACAGUUUUCAGCAGUUAACCAUCAAUAUUCAUCUCUUCAGUGACAUUUGUGUCAAAGCCAGAAAGUGAAAGAUUGAACGAGGCUUGGCUUAGUGGUUUCAUGUUUUAUUUUCACCGCAACAUGAAAGCUUCAAUAACGGAAAGAACAUUGUCUCAUCCGAUUUACUAGAAAAGGGGGGGAAAUGGCAGCUGCAACACUGCAACAAGUUCAGUCAAUAUCCUGAUCAGUAUCAUGUGAUAAAUCUGUCAGAUUUAACUGACGUGGGAAGAUGUAUUCAAUGUAUUGAAUCAUGAAAUGUUAUUUUCCCCUAAAGCCUUCUCCUGAAGGUUUUCUCAUGCAGUUGAGAAAAUCAGUAUAGAGAAAAAAAUCUUGGGUGGUAAGUCACAUAAUUCAUUAAAUCUGCUUUAUAUUUUGUUCACUUAAAAACUGAGGAAACAGUCUGUCUCAACCUAUUAGAGAGUAAACAAAUAAAAACUAUUGCACGACUUCCCGAAGUCACAGCUUGUCAGAGACAUGAAACAAACCACAUUUUAACAUACAGUUAGACGAGUACCAAAUAGAAUUGUAUUUUUAAGCCAUUUUAGUCAGGCUAGCUGCUUUGUUUUUUUAUGAUAAUUUGUCUCCUUGUUGUAGCCUGAUAUUUAAUCAAGAGGUAUAAGUAAAAUCAAUCUCCUCAGUUCUCUUUUGGCAAAUAAAAAAGCGUAUACAUAAAAAUAAUUCUGAAGGUAGACAGAUCGGUGUGUAGAUGGAUUAAGAAUAUAAUCAGGCAUUCAACAGAAAAGCUGGUUUAAAAUUGACUUAUCACAAUAUUUUGUAAAUAUUUUUGCAAACAUUACAUACAGCACUGUUCGACGCUCAUCUUUUCUGUAUGUUUUAAGUCCUUUCAUAAGACUCAGGCUUUUGUUUUAUUUGUGAGAGCCUCACUAGUGGAGCCAAAGACUCAAGGCCUAAUUAAGUCCCACCAGAUGGAAGGGUGUUGGUGUAAGCCUACAACAGACUGUAAGACGACUGAUUAUCUCAUCUGCAGAUUUGAAAUGAUCCAAAAGUCAUCACUGAAAAUGCUAUUAGACACUGAAGAUUGGCUGAAUUUCCUAGACUGGCCAUUACAUUUUACUGUUGUUAAUGUUAAUUAUUGCACACAUGCUGUAAGUUGAUCAUGUCGAGUUCAAUAUAGUCAUCAUUUGCCAAGACCUAUUAACUUCUUCUUAGUCAUCAUAAUUGACUAAGCUGGUAGUUUCUACUUACCAGGAUGUAAAGAUUUGUUUGACAGCACUCACUGGACUGACCAAUACUGAGCACAAUGGGAAAGUACCACGAACCCAGGAAAGAUCUAAGAAGGAGAACUGUAGAUUUGGGAAAGUCUCUUGGAGCCAUUUCUAAACAACUGGAGAUUCCAAGAUCAGUUUAAACAGUUCAUUGCAUGUACAAGUUUUUUGGAUGUGACACCAUUUCGCCAAGUCAUGGAAGAAGGCCCAAACUGUUACUCUCUGAUGAGAGGAAAUUGAUUAUUAGGUUGAGGAACAACCCAGAAACCACAAAGUUUCAACUGUGACAUGAACAGGAAAGUGCUGUAACACCAGAGCCAAUGUCCAGUGAGUUUUACGUCACCAUGAACUGAGAAGGUUUCAGAAAGAAGCCGCUGCUACAAAAUCAACACUUUAAAGCUCAACUGAAAUUUGCACCUGCCCACAUGAACAGGACAAAUGACUUCUGGAGUUUUAUCAUCCAAAGAAACAAUGAUUGAGCUAUUUGGCCACAAUGUCAAAAGGUAUGCUUGUUUAGGUAUGUUUAAACCUGAGGUUUUCAAACCUAAGAACACUGUACCAGAUAUCAAGCAUGGUGGUGGGAGCAGUUUAGCUGUGCAUGGAGUAAUGAAGGACAAAUACCAAUAGUGUCAUGGUCCUGUGUCUUUGACCCAGUUUGUGAGUUCAUGAUGGUUUUGUGACUCAUUCUUAGUUAUUAGUUAGUCUGUAGAUUUGUAUUUCCUAGUGCAUCUGUGUUUAAUAUUUCUAUUUUUUUUUUUGCCUGCUGUCAUGUCUGUUCUGUCUUCAGUAUCUCCUGCUGCUGUCUGUUCUGUGUUUUGUCUCUCCAGUCUGUCAUGUGUUUCCAUGUUUAUCCCCCGUCCUAAUGUCAAGCUUUUGUGUCCUUGUCUCAGACUCGUCUCUUGUUUUGUGUGUUUUCAAGUCUCCUGGUUUUGAGUUUCCUAGUUUAGCUUUUUACCUAAGUUCUUGUAUUUUUUAUAUUUUUGAAUUUUUUA